UCUCCCUCUGUCAUACAUAUGGGUUCGAUCGACGCUCUGCACGCCUAUGAUGACCCGGUCGAGCUCAUCCUGCUUGGCACCGGAACCUCUUCGACGCUCCCGCACGUUGACUGUCUGACGGCUCCACCAGGUGCGAAGCCGUGCAGGACGUGUCUGUCGACGCUAACGCCUGAAGGCUGGAAGAACAAGCGGCGCAAUACAUCCGCCGUGCUCAGAGUCCGCGGCCGGGAUGGGCUACCCAAGACUAUCGUGAUAGAUGUUGGGAAGAGCUUCAUGCCAGCCGCAGUGGAGUGGUUCCCGAAAUACGGCCUCCGUCACAUUGAUGCCGUCCUCAUUACUCACGCCCACGCGGAUGCGAUGAAUGGCUUGGACGACUUACGAGGGUGGACAUUGGGUGGCGCGAUCCAACAGGCUGUAGACAUAUAUCUGUCUGCGGAGACCUUCGAAGCGGUCAAGAUUGCCUUUCCUUACUUGGUUCGCAAGGAGUUCGCUUCGGGCGGAGGAGACGUGCCGGAGUUCAAUUGGCAUCCCUACGUUACCGACCGGGAGCCUUUCGAGAUCGGAGACACCGGGAUUACGGUGAAGCCUUACGCCGUCCCCCAUGGCUUUUGCGGUGCGAAGCCCGUCAAACCGGUCCCCAGCAUCGCGGACCAAAUUGCGGCCGCGGUACCAUUCUCGACCUCAAGCCCUUGCGGGACGGGCAUGCCGGGUACCCCCACCACGACCGGCAACGUGACACCAGUCGAGAAGGAGAAGAAGGAAGACUUCCUGUGUCUCGGUUUCACCGUCCAGAACGCGGUGACAUAUAUAUCCGACUGCUCCAAGAUACCCGACGACGUCCUUGCCGACCUUCUGUCCUCCCCGAUACCCGUCCUCGUCCUCGACUGCCUGCGUCUGAAGGCGCACCUCUCCCACCUGAGCCUCGCGCAGGCGGUCGAGUACGCGCGGCAACUGAGGGCGCAGCGGACGUACCUGCUCGGCUUUAGCCACGAAGUCUCGCAUGAGGAGUAUGAGGUGAUGCUGAGGGCCGUGGGCGGACAUCGCGUGCCGAAGAACAGGAUGACGGAGAUGGUCACGGCGGGCCUGGACACUCUGGACUUGGGGGGCGAGAAGAUCUGGAUCCGGCCUGCCUUCGACGGUCUCCAGGUGUUUGUGUCCGACAAGGGCGAAGCGAGGGACACGGCAUACUACGACUACCCGGAGGAAUAAUGAGUGCUGUGUACAUCUCGGUGCGCGCGGCGUUGAUGUUAUGAUAGCUUAUCAGAGGUGUCAAGCAUUGAACUUCCUGGCUCCAGCUUGGUUUAGAUUAUUUCUAAUCAUUUCCAUGUACUACUAAUGAUGGUAGCCUUAGCAGUUGUAGUAAGUAGUAAUGCAUCCUUCGUGUUUGCCACCUGGCAUCACGCCGACGCCGGAGACUGACGCGUCACAUUUGCC